CUCAAGUGGUCUGCCCACCUCGGCUUCCCAAAGUGCUGGGAUUACAGGCAUGAGCCAACUGAGUCUGGCCAAAAACAAGAUAUUUAAAUCUGAGUAUCUUUUAGGCAAAAAUAAACUCCAAGUGAUGGUAUAUAUUAUUUGAUUAUUCAGGAUUUAAUUUGUGGGUUAUUCAUUCUUGUUUCUCCUGUUACCUCAUUUGUUAUUUUGCCGUUCACAAAACAUAAAAUUAAUAUUUUGCUGUUUUAGCUUAAGUAAAGUAAGCUAGGAACUGCAAUGUUUUGAACUUUGUAUAUUAAUUAAAUAUUAACCAUUUAUGAUGUGUUCUAGAGGUAUAAAGUUAUUAAGAAAAAUUGAGCUGUUUCUUGUGUGAUGUCUAACCUACUGGGAGAAAUCAUUAGGAGCUUGUCAGUAUGUUAUAUUUGAGCAUUUAGUAUUAAUUGGAUAUGUUUAACCUUACCUGCUUUUUCUUUAGGUGGCCACCGCGUACUAAAUUCACUUGGGAAUAAAAGAAAAACAUAAAGAAAAUUAUAAGAGAAAGGAAUUGUCUUAGAAGAAAGAAGCAAGCCAUCAUUUUACCCACGUAAAUAUAUGAAUAUAUUUCUGACAUUGAGGUGUUCCAGAAGAUGAUAAAGAAAUGAUAGCAGCUCCAGAAAUACCAACUGAUUUUAAUAUACUACAGGAGUCAGAGACACAUUUUUCUUCUGACACAGAUUUUGAAGAUAUCGAAGGAAAAAACCAAAAGCAAGGCAAAGGCAAGACUUGUAAAAAAGGCAAAAAGGGCCCAGCAGAAAAGGGCAAAGGUGGAAAUGGAGGAGGAAAACCUCCUUCUGGUCCAAACCGAAUGAAUGGUCAUCACCAACAGAAUGGAGUGGAAAACAUGAUGUUGUUUGAAGUUGUUAAAAUGGGCAAGAGUGCUAUGCAGUCGGUGGUAGAUGAUUGGAUAGAAUCAUACAAGCAUGACCGAGAUAUAGCACUUCUUGACCUUAUCAACUUUUUUAUUCAGUGUUCAGGCUGCAAAGGAGUUGUCACAGCCGAGAUGUUCAGACAUAUGCAGAACUCUGAGAUAAUUCGCAAAAUGACCGAAGAAUUUGAUGAGGAUAGUGGAGAUUAUCCACUUACCAUGGCUGGUCCUCAGUGGAAGAAGUUCAAAUCCAGUUUUUGUGAAUUCAUUGGCGUGUUAGUACGGCAAUGUCAAUAUAGUAUCAUAUAUGAUGAGUAUAUGAUGGAUACGGUCAUUUCACUUCUUACAGGAUUGUCUGACUCACAAGUCAGAGCAUUUCGACAUACAAGCACCCUGGCAGCUAUGAAGUUGAUGACAGCUUUGGUGAAUGUGGCACUAAAUCUUAGCAUUAAUAUGGAUAAUACACAAAGACAAUAUGAAGCAGAACGGAAUAAAAUGAUUGGAAAACGAGCCAAUGAGAGGCUAGAACUCCUGCUACAAAAGCGGAAAGAGCUUCAGGAAAACCAAGAUGAAAUAGAAAAUAUGAUGAAUGCAAUAUUUAAAGGAGUGUUUGUACAUAGAUACCGUGAUGCGAUAGCUGAAAUUCGAGCUAUAUGCAUUGAAGAGAUUGGCAUUUGGAUGAAGAUGUAUAGUGAUGCCUUUCUUAAUGACAGUUAUUUAAAAUACGUUGGUUGGACUAUGCAUGAUAAGCAAGGUGAAGUAAGACUCAAAUGUCUUACUGCUCUGCAAGGGCUUUAUUAUAACAAAGAGCUUAAUUCCAAACUGGAACUUUUUACCAGUCGGUUCAAGGAUAGAAUUGUGUCUAUGACCCUUGACAAAGAAUAUGAUGUUGCAGUACAAGCAAUAAAAUUACUCACUCUUGUUUUACAGAGUAGUGAAGAAGUCCUUACUGCAGAAGAUUGUGAAAAUGUCUAUCAUCUGGUUUAUUCAGCUCACCGGCCAGUAGCAGUAGCAGCUGGAGAAUUUCUCUACAAAAAGCUCUUCAGUCGUAGAGAUCCAGAGGAGGAUGGAAUGAUGAAAAGAAGAGGAAGACAAGGUCCAAAUGCCAACCUUGUUAAGACAUUGGUUUUUUUCUUUCUAGAAAGUGAGUUACAUGAGCACGCAGCAUACCUUGUGGAUAGCAUGUGGGAUUGUGCAACUGAGCUGCUCAAAGACUGGGAAUGUAUGAAUAGCUUGUUGCUGGAAGAGCCACUUAGUGGAGAGGAAGCACUAACAGAUAGGCAAGAGAGUGCUCUGAUUGAAAUAAUGCUUUGUACUAUUAGACAAGCAGCUGAAUGUCAUCCUCCCGUGGGAAGAGGGACAGGAAAAAGGGUGCUUACAGCAAAGGAGAAGAAGACCCAGUUGGAUGACAGGACGAAGAUCACUGAGCUUUUUGCUGUGGCCCUUCCUCAGUUAUUAGCAAAAUACUCUGUAGAUGCAGAAAAGGUGACUAACUUGUUGCAGUUGCCUCAGUACUUUGAUUUGGAAAUAUAUACCACUGGACGAUUAGAAAAGCAUUUGGAUGCCUUAUUGCGACAGAUCCGGAAUAUUGUAGAGAAGCACACAGAUACAGAUGUUUUGGAAGCAUGUUCUAAAACUUACCAUGCACUCUGUAAUGAAGAGUUCACAAUCUUCAACAGAGUAGAUAUUUCAAGAAGUCAACUGAUAGAUGAAUUGGCGGAUAAAUUUAACCGGCUUCUUGAAGAUUUUCUGCAAGAGGGUGAAGAACCUGAUGAAGAUGAUGCAUAUCAGGUAUUGUCAACAUUGAAGAGGAUUACUGCUUUUCAUAAUGCCCAUGACCUUUCAAAGUGGGAUUUAUUUGCUUGUAAUUACAAACUCUUGAAAACUGGAAUUGAAAAUGGAGACAUGCCUGAGCAGAUUGUUAUUCACGCACUGCAGUGUACUCACUAUGUAAUCCUUUGGCAACUUGCUAAGAUAACUGAAAGCAGCUCUACAAAGGAGGACUUGCUGCGUUUAAAGAAACAAAUGAGAGUAUUUUGUCAGAUAUGUCAACAUUACCUGACCAACGUGAAUACUACUGUUAAGGAACAGGCCUUCACUAUUCUGUGUGAUAUUUUGAUGAUCUUCAGCCAUCAGAUUAUGUCAGGAGGGCGUGACAUGUUAGAGCCAUUAGUUUAUACCCCUGAUUCUUCAUUGCAGUCUGAGUUGCUCAGCUUUAUUUUGGAUCAUGUCUUCAUUGAACAGGAUGAUGAUAAUAAUAGUGCAGAUGGUCAGCAGGAGGAUGAAGCCAGUAAAAUUGAAGCUCUGCACAAGAGAAGAAAUUUACUUGCAGCAUUUUGUAAGCUAAUUGUAUAUACUGUGGUGGAAAUGAAUACAGCUGCAGAUAUCUUCAAACAGUAUAUGAAGUAUUAUAAUGACUAUGGAGAUAUCAUCAAAGAAACAAUGAGUAAAACAAGGCAGAUUGACAAAAUUCAGUGUGCUAAGACCCUUAUUCUCAGUCUACAACAGCUUUUCAAUGAAAUGAUACAGGAAAAUGGCUAUAAUUUUGAUAGAUCAUCCUCUACAUUUAGUGGCAUAAAAGAACUGGCUCGACGUUUUGCUUUAACUUUUGGACUUGAUCAGUUGAAAACAAGAGAAGCCAUUGCCAUGCUACACAAAGAUGGCAUAGAAUUUGCUUUUAAAGAACCUAAUCCACAAGGGGAGAGCCAUCCACCUUUAAAUUUGGCAUUUCUUGAUAUUCUGAGUGAAUUUUCUUCUAAACUACUCCGACAAGACAAAAGAACAGUGUAUGUUUACUUGGAAAAGUUCAUGACCUUUCAGAUGUCACUCCGAAGAGAGGAUGUGUGGCUACCACUGAUGUCUUACCGAAAUUCUUUGCUAGCUGGUGGUGAUGAUGACACCAUGUCAGUCAUUAGUGGAAUCAGCAGCCGGGGGUCAACUGUGCGGAGUAAAAAAUCCAAACCAUCUACAGGAAAACGGAAAGUGGUUGAGGGCAUGCAGCUUUCACUCACUGAAGAAAGUAGUAGUAGUGAUAGUAUGUGGUUAAGCAGAGAACAAACACUGCACACCCCUGUUAUGAUGCAGACACCACAGCUCACCUCCACUAUUAUGAGAGAGCCCAAAAGAUUACGGCCUGAGGAUAGCUUCAUGAGUGUCUAUCCAAUGCAGACUGAACAUCAUCAAACUCCUCUUGAUUAUAACACGCAGGUAACAUGGAUGUUAGCUCAAAGACAACAAGAGGAAGCAAGGCAACAGCAGGAGAGAGCAGCAAUGAGCUAUGUUAAACUGCGAACUAAUCUUCAGCAUGCCAUGUAAGUGAGAGUGCCUUAUUGUCUGAGUCUAGGAAGUUCACUAAUUCAUUUUAACAUUUUAAUGUGUGCCUUAUUUAAAAAUUUCAGCAAACUCUCUAGAGUAACUUAAGCUGAAAUAAUCAAGGAACUAAAAAUUGGUCUUUCCAACAGAAUAACAAAAUAUUUUAAUUUAAAUAUUACCUAGUUAGCCAAAGGACCAAUCUUAGGUUGAUCUGUUGGAAAAGUUUAAAUAAUCAAUCCUUGUUUAUUUUGGUACACAGCAUUAAAAAUACAGUUCUGUUACGUCCUAAUUGAUUUUCCCAACUUAGUUCAGGCCCUCAUCUCUCACCUGAACUAUUGUAUUAGCUUUCUAACUGGUUUUCUUCCCUCAAAUCUCCCAUUUAUCUUCUCACCAAACCUUUCCCUUCACCCUCCCCCCACUCCAUCAUUCACACCGCCAUCAAGAAUUACUAUUCUAGAAUAAAAAUCUUACCAUGUAACUCUUACUUAAAACCUUUCUGUGGCUCCCUAUUGCCUGCUGGAUAAACUCCAGACUUCCUUAGCUCAUGGCAUGCAAGAUGUUUCAAAAUAUGGCCCCUGCCUACAUUUUAGUAUCAUUUCCUAUUCCCUGGCAGCUGGUAAAAUCAUCAUAAAAGAACAAGUUCAGGUGUCACCUUAACUGAAGCUUUGGUCAUCUAUACUCCCAUAACACUAUGUAUAUCCAUAUUUCUUAUAGAACUUACCAUGUUGUAUUGUAAAUAUUUGUUUAUGAGUUUGUCCCUUUUGUCUAGACUGUGAGCUCCUCAAGGGCAGGGACCACAUUCAUUGCCUGUCAGUGCUUGGCACAUAAAAGGUGCUAAGUAAAUGUUCAUUGGAUGAAUAAAUGUUCAGUGCUGAAAAAAAUGUAGUUUACCUUUUAAAUACUUUGUUUUUACUGGAUUAUGUAUGAUAACUUUAUAAAUCUUUUUGCAAUCUUCAUUAGCUUUGGUUCCAGAAGAAGUGGCAGACAAGCAGUAUUUAGAUAAUUUUUUAAAAUGUCUUGAUUGGUAUACAGGGAAAAAUGUGAUGAUUCUGAUUAAGUUUUUGAGUUUGAAAGCAUUGUAUUUAUAAUGUAUAAGUUUUACUAUUGGGAGGCAGUAGUUGUUACCCUCUUUUUUUUAAAAUUUAUAUUUUGUUCUGUUUUGUUGGUUUUUAGAUAAGAAUUUUACCUGUUUUUC